AUGCGCUUCUUAUUCGUAUUGAUCUUUGCCGUUCUCGGCUGUGUCCUGUUCCUUGGCGACGAUGUGACAGGAUCCACGGCUACCACUGAGGCGGCCACAACAACUGCCGCCUCCACAGCGGACACUACAACCGCUUCAACUGCUUCAGCCGCCACAACUGAGGCCUCCUCUGCUGACGAGACUACCACCACCACUUCCGCCGACUCCUCGAAAACAUCGGACUCGUCUACGAAAUCGCCUGCGGCCCUGAGACGCGAGCGUCGUCGUCGUCGAUUGGCCCGCAGGCGUCGCCGUUUAGAACGGGAAAGGCAAAAGCGCCAGGCUCAAAGAAAACGUAGAAAUGAUGGGAAGGGUGAAAGGCGUCACAAACGGGAAGUUCGAGAUCGCGAAUAG